AUGCCUUCCCAAAUAAGCACCUACCAUGAAUCGCCCCCAACAGACCCGCCGAUUAAGAUCACAGUAGGCAAAGGAAGCACCUAUUAUGUGCAUCCGGGGGCCUUUGCGCCGUAUACGUCGUCGGCAUUGCACGCCCAGAUCCACGGCUCCUGGAAAGACACCUUCGCGAAAACGCUGGACUGGUCCGACUUCGACGAGCAGACCAUCGAAUGCGUGUUGCAAUUUCUGUACACCGGCGAUUACGAUACUCUCCGGGCAGCCUCGGAGCCCAAUGGGGAACAACAGACCACAUUUCAACUCAACUCCAAGAAAGGUGGGUCGGAAGCGAAGCCGCGGUCCUGGUCAGCAACACUAACAGACGCACCAGCCAGCACCGUCAGGCCCCCGGCCAAGAAAACCACCCCAUCGCCAAAUGAGGCCAUCGAUGGGCCCGUGAGCGCGCUGAAAAACGGCCUCAAGACAAGACUCGAGUCCAGCCAAUCAGAGGAGCCCCACGCCUCCGAGGCUACAGUAGCCGAGAUCGCCGCGCACGCCAAGGUGUACGCCUUCGCGCACCGAUUCCUGUUCUCCGAGCUAGAGGAGCAUGCGCUGCAUCGCUUGUCGCAGGGCCUGGUGUCCAUCCAGAACAAGAAAGUCAGCUUCUAUCCGCACAUCGCCGAAGCCAUUGAUAUCAUCUACGCCGAGACUCCCAGCUUCUCCAACAACCCCGCACGGAAGCUGAUGACUCAGUUUGUCGCCAUGGGAUAUACGUCGCUGGAGGGCGAGGACCUCGACAUCCUGAUCGAGGAGGAUAGUGAUUUCGCGGUGGAUCUGUCGCAUGCGCUGGCGCGGGCCUUGUACCAGGAGAACCCCCUGCAGGAUAAAGUCACUGCGAUGGAGAGGCAGAUGCGGGAGAUGGAGGCGAAAAUGAAAGCGCUGACGGCCGAAGUCAACGGCUGGGAGAAGUGGGAUUCUCGCCUCCCAUUGAAUGAGCGGAGGUGGCCAGCAUCGUACUACUAA